UUGUCAUAUUUCUAUUUCAUAUUAUAAUAUUAUAUUAUAAUUAUAAUAUAUUAUAUAAAUAAACUUCAUUCUUUCAUUUGUGAUUCUUAUUGCAGGCUUGCAGCCUUUCUUGAUAUGGGGAAAUCCCAUUUUUCUGCUUUAUUAUUUCUUGGUUCACUCAUCUUCUUCUUUUUUCUGCCACUUUUCAAUGGAGGAUUGGCUAUGGCUGGUGGAACCCCAGAUGGGUCUGAAAAAUGGGGCUAUGUUGAAGUUAGACCCAAGGCUCAUAUGUUUUGGUGGUACUACAAAAGUCCUUAUAGAACUCAAGAUCCCAACAAUCCUUGGCCUGUAAUUCUUUGGUUGCAAGGUGGACCUGGUGCUUCAGGAGUUGGAACUGGAAAUUUUGAAGAAGUGGGCCCAUUGGACUCUUUCUUGAAGCCAAGAAACUCUACAUGGUUGACAAAAGCAGAUCUAUUGUUUGUGGAUAAUCCAGUUGGGACCGGAUACAGUUUCGUCGAAGACGAAAACUUGUUGGUGAAAACCGAUGAAGAGGCUGCAACUGAUUUGACCACAUUGUUGACUGAAAUCUUUAAUAGAAAUGAAACACUUCAAAAGAGUCCUCUUUAUAUAGUGGCGGAGUCUUAUGGCGGCAAAUUUGCAGUCACUCUUGGACUAUCUGCUCUUAAAGCCAUUGAAGAUAAAAAGUUAAAGCUCAUUUUUGGAGGAAUUGCUUUGGGAGAUACCUGGAUCUCGCCCGAAGACUUUGUGGCAUCAUGGGGUCCACUUCUGAAGGAUAUUUCAAGGAUAGACGACAAUGGUUUGAUCGAAUCAAACAGUCUUGUUGAGAAAAUAAAGCAGCAAAUAGCAAAUGGGAAACUAAAAGAUGCUACUGAGACUUGGAGCGAUCUUGAAGACGUCAUUGACGCCAAUACCAACUCCGUUGAUUUCUACAAUUUCUUAUUGGAUUCGGGGAUGGACCCGGUGUCAAUGACAGCAACCGAGCUAGUGAGGACAACGCCGAGGAAGAGGUACUUAAGAUAUCUUGAUUCUUUGAAGACAUCUCCCGGCGAAAAUGGUGAUCUUGAUCUCUUGAUGAACGGCGUCAUUAGAAAGAAACUUGGGAUCAUCCCAAAUGAUGUGGAAUGGGGAGGACAGUCGGGUCUUGUUUUUCAGCACUUAGAAGGCGAUUUCAUGCGACCAAGAAUUAACGAGGUUGAUGAACUCUUGAACAAGGGAGUCAAUGUGACUAUAUAUAGUGGUCAACUUGAUGUUAUAUGUUCAACAAAAGGAACUCAUGCAUGGGUUGAAAAGCUCAAGUGGGAAGGUCUAAAGACAUUCUUGAGCAUUGAUAGAAUACCAUUGUAUUGUGGACAUAGUAAAAUUACAAAAGGGUUCACCAAGUCUUACAAAAAUUUACAUUUCUAUUGGAUUCUUGAAGCUGGUCACUUUGUACCGGUAGAUCAACCGUGUGUUGCGUUGAAUAUGAUAGGUCGUGUAACAAGUUCCCAUGUCUACAAAGUAAAAGAUGAUAUGAAGAAACAAAUGUGGAAAAUAACAAACUAGUAAGUCAAAAAGAACAUCAUUUAAGAGAUGGAGAGACACUAUUCACUUGAUAGUAUGAUUAUAAUUUGUACUUUCAUUUAUAUUUAAAAUUAAAAUACUUACACAUGUUUAAUUCUUUGGAUAAAAUAAAGAAAACAAACAAUACACCAAUAUUGGUGUAAUGGUGUUACUUGCAUAUGAUAUUUAUUGAUGGUUGUGUACUUGGAAGAUA